GUACAGCCAUCCAACACAUGAAAUAACAAAGCAUUAUCAAUUCUAAAAUAAAUUUUAAAAUUGAGAGGAGAAGAUGAUUUCAUGAGUAAUUUAUUAUUUGCAUUAUAAGAUGUCUAUAAAGGAUAUUAUCUUAUGCAACAAGGCAUCAUACCAUCAAAAGCAUAAAGCCAUGCAUUAAAAGAGUAGGUGAAUAUAUAUCCAGAACAACAGACAUGCAUUCUUAUGCUCAGUUUUGUCGACUGUUGCUGUUGUUGUUCCUAACACCACUGACAAUUUUGGGAUUUGGAGCAGUACAAAGCUGAGCAUAAGAAUGGUGUAGCUUAGACUAGUGCAUGAUAAAAAUGACAUGAAUCAGUGUCACAAGUGAAGAGAGGGAAACACCCAAAGAAGACAAAAAUAAGGCCUCUUUGUAUUUACCGGGCUUUGGCACUGAUCAACCUUUGGCUUAUGUGACUGAACAUUAUUCAGUUAAACUCCACCCUUCAAAUAGGCAGUGAAGGUUAUAUUGUAAUAACAUUCUGUUUGCAUACUGCAGCAAUGAUCAAGUCACAGAGCAAAUAUAUUUUGUACUAUGUCUUGUGACAUAGUACAAGCUAUGUUUUUUCUCUCCUGCUUUGCUUGCCAUCCUUCAUCUGAGACAUAGAGAAGGCAAGCGGAUGGCUGCACGAACCAACUACAAAACACCUUAAUGAAAAAGCAACUACAGAGAAAAUGGGCUUUAUACAUUCUAAACAGUUUACAGUCAAACAAGCCCAGAUUCUAAUGCUAGGACUUGAUUCGGCGGGGAAAUCCACUCUCUUGUAUAUGCUAAAAUUUAAUGAUGUCUUCUUAACUUUACCAACAAUUGGAUUCAAUGUGGAAAUGAUUGAAACGGGAGCAGGCAUUUCCUUAACAGUCUGGGAUGUUGGAGGUCAGCGCAAAAUGAGGACUGUUUGGGAGAACCACUUGGAAAACACAGACAGCCUGGUCUAUGUUGUGGACAGUGCCAACAUACAGCGCUUGGAAGAGUCAAAAAAAGAACUGGAGAUUAUUUUGAAGAAUGAAAAGAUUAAGAACGUUCCUGUGGUUGUACUAGCAAACAAGCAGGAUCUUCCUGGAGCUCUGGGUGCUGAGGAAAUAACGAAGAGACUUAACAUGAAGAAGCAUUGUCAUGACCGAAACUGGUACAUACAGCCCUGUUGUGCAGUUACAGGGGAAGGCCUGUCAGAAGCAUUCCAGAAAGUGACAUCAUUUGCAAAAUCCUGCAUGAAAUCUAAACAAGAAGCUUUUGCUAUCUUCAGGCAACAUUAACACAUCCCGAUCGGAUCAAUUCAUCACUGGCCAGGACAAUAAGCCAGUCUGUUGAAUGAACAUCUGAUACUACACCAUGUUUUUCAAAUUUCUGUAAAACAGAAUUUAUUUAUUCCAGGCCAGUUAACUGUUCUCAUUCUUUUACAUUAUCUUUCAGAAACACUAUUUUGCUUAUUAUGGCUGUGGGUGUUUUAAAUUCUGAAAUACAACGGUGCAUCAAGAGUAGGAUGAGAAUGCUGUUGAUUUUUCAAAUACUGUAUCUGUCAUCCAUUUUGCAUUCACUAAUUUGCAAAUAUUAAGAUAAGUGUAGCAAACAAAACUGUGCAACAAUUGACCAGAUAUAGUUUGAAGAAGGUCAUAUUGAAUGUUAGUGUGUAUAUAAGAUUAAAAGGAAUUAAUUCAGCUUAAAA